AUUUAGGCGUAGCUCGUUCAGAUAUCACUAUCUUAAAAUCGUGCAUCUCGUAUUAAUUUGUGAUAUAGCACUUUAGUUCAACAAUUACACUCAUAUAGCGAAUACAAUAAGAGUAGUUUUAUUUACAAUAAAGUUAACGUGUAGAGAUUUGUGGUACAUAAAAACAAAUUUUGGUUUCGUGGGACUUAAGGCAACACUAAGACCGAGCGAAAUCAUCAUCGACAGCCGAAAACCAGUAACGACAUGCAAUUAGAGGAUCAAGGACUCGCAUCACAGAACGUACUGCCGCUCCAUCGGCAAUGACGUCACCCGUGCCCUAGCGACCGGUUACCGUGGUGGCGCGCACCUUCUUUGCCGGCGGUACCGUCGUCCUUCGCGUUUCGCAAGCCAAAGAACCCUCGAGAAUCGGUGAUUUGCGAGCCCCAGGUACCAUCUGCCUCACCUGGGUCCCGCCCGCCGGCCAAUGAGCGCGCAGGCUCCGAAAAUGGCCAAGCUGGUCCUCGAGUGGGGUACACUACAGUACGUGCGGCUCACCUCAACGACACAAGUGCAUCCAAGUACUUACCUGCAUCAUAGUAGCUAAGUUCCAAAGUGACCAAGUGCGUGACGCGGGCACGAUUACUCAGAAAACCGCGAUGGAUAUUGUCUUGAGUAAAUAGAUAUAAAAAGGUGCCGAAGCGCAAAAUUUCGUUAGUUUCUGCAAUGCAAAUCUGGAACUAUAUAGGUAGCCGGUAGUAAGGGUGAUGUGCGCGGUUCGGUGAGAGGCAAUGAGGUGGUGCGCGGUGUCCGCGGUUAUCCUAGGGCUGAUGGUCCAGGGAACGUUCGCCUGCGGUCCCGGUAGAGGCUUCAGUAGGCGAAUCGGCCCCAGGAAACUGACCCCCCUCGUAUUCAAGCAGCAUGUACCGAAUGUGCCUGAGCAUACGAUUACCGCUAGUGGAGUGACCCAAGGACGGAUCGAUCGGAACGAUUCCAGAUUUAAGGAUUUGGAACCGAAUUAUAGCCAGGACAUUGAUUUUAUAGACCUAGAGGGUACUGGUGCUGAUAGAUUAAUGACAAUGCGUUGCAAAGAAAAACUCAACACUCUUGCUAUCUCAGUUAUGAACCAAUGGCCUGGGACAAAGCUAACGGUGACAGAAGGUUGGGAUGAGGAGGGUGUGCAUGCUCCAGAUUCUCUACAUUACGAAGGGAGGGCAGUCGAUAUCCGGACUUCCGAUAAAGAUAAAUCCAAGUUAGGAAUGUUGGCGAGGUUAGCCGUCGAAGCGGGCUUCGAUUGGGUUUACUACGAGAGCAAGACUAAUAUACAUUGUUCUGUUAAAUCAGAAUCAUCACAAGGUGGUUAUGGCGGUUGUUUCACAGGUGAUAGUACCGUUCUUACUUCGACCGGAGCCCGACUACCGCUCUCAGAUCUCCGAGCAGGCGAAAAGAUCCUCGCUCAGGAUCCAACCACCAAAAAAUUAGUGUUUAGUGAAGUGAUCCUAUUCUUAGACUACAAUCCCACACAAAAACGCCAAUUCCUCCACUUUAUACUGAAAUCAGGCAGAACUUUAACGAUAACUCCCUAUCACUUAAUGACCCUUAAAGAUGGUCGGACAGUGUACGCAGGCACCCUUAAACCCGGUGAUAAAGUGUUAAUUAGUAUCGACAAGGACACUACGAGUGAAGACAGUAUAAACAGUAUAACUAGUGUUUUACGGACUGGAGUGUACGCUCCUUUAACAAAAGUAGGGACGGUCGUAAUAAAUGACGUGGUGGCAUCCUGUUACGCUACUGUGGACAGUCAACGCUUGGCCCAUUGGGCGUUUUUGCCGUUGCGUCUCGUUUGGAAUAUCAAGCGUGGCUUGUAUAGGUUUUGGGUUUUAUUACAGAAACCUGUUAACGGUUGGUAUCAGCAGAUCGAUGAAAUCAAUAGACAGUCGCCACCUGAGGGCAUACAUUGGUAUGCGAAAACUUUGUACGCUACUGCAAAUUAUUUGAUUCCUUCACAUUUACAUGUGUAGCUUUGACUGGAUAUAUUUUAACUUAGGACUCAAUCAAUUCAAUCGCUUUCAUAAUGUUUAAUAUUGUGUAUGUUUGUAUUUUUUGAAUUAAACAAACCUUUUCUAUAAGUGAAGAAAUAGUCCAUACUUGCAGUGGUUAGUCGUAGUUUAAGGUAAAAUUAAAAUCCUGCAGUCUCCCUCUACUUAUUUAUUAAACAUUUAGUUAUUCAAAAUUCCCAACGGAUGGACCUAACUGUGUCCGAAACAUGGGAAUUUUUAAUAACAAAAUGAUUAAUAAAUAAGUGGAGGUAGACUGCAGGAUUUUCAUUUCACCUAAAUCUUUUCUACUUUAUGGAAAGAAAACGGUACUUUCGAUCCGUCUGCAAGCCAAAAAUGUCUCAUUUUACACGCAAAUCCGACCAACCAUGGAAGGAACUAGAGCGUCUUAAGCUAGUGCUAUAAAUUUUACAUCGAAAUGUUUUUUUGUCGUUUUAUGUAAUAUAAGCCGUGGGCUAUAGUUUUUUUUUUAAACGCUUUAAUUGUUAUGUUUUAUAUUAUUCACAUGUAUAUCAUUUAUUUAAUGUUUAUGAACCAUUUGUAUCAAUGGUUUAUUUAAUAUUAUGGUGCAAGUGGUCCAUUUCGAAUAAAAUAAAUAUACAUAAUUAAACCAGUGAAUUUUUAAUUUAUUAUAAAAUAUUUAAUGUUGUUCCUUAAAAACGAAGUAUUGUAGAUAAAUUAGUUUAGGAUUAAUUUAACGAUCGUGGUGGAUAUAAAAUAAAACUUCAAUGUAUGCUUAAUACGUAUAAACCAUUAUCGCAAAAUUAGUUUUUAUCGCAAUUAGUUUGCUUAUAAUUGGUAUUAUUUUUAUAUAUAAUUUAUUUAAAAAAGAAACAAAUUUAUUAAAUUGAUCUUUGAGCUUGUGAAAUAUAGCUUUAUAAUAGCGAGUAUUUG